GCCAUCCCCCCGGAGGGCAGAGAAUUCCACAGGGAUGUGGGACCAGGAUUCGGGAAUUGCCAAGAACCACUGUGGGGACUACCCAGCACAUGGGUGCCGAAGAGGCCCUGGGACCUGAGCCUAAACCGAAUGGGAGUCCCUCCCUGGAAGUCUGAGUCACGAGAGGACAAGGUCGGAAUCAGUUCACUGCAACCUUCCCACAGGGCUGGGAGACAGGCAGGAGGAGGGUGGCUUUGCCCGGACCCCAGAGCAGAUCCAGGCCCCUCUGAGCUGUGUUCUAUGCCCCGCCCAGCCCCCGCUCAUCCCUGCAUUCCCACGGGCUGCAAGCUGAAGAAAUCAUGCCCUGCACAUGCUUUCCCUCACUGGGGAUGUUGUCUUAAGGCUCCCCGAUGGCUCUGGCCAUUUGGCCAAAAGAAGAGAAAGAGCACUAGUGACGAUGAAAUAGGAAGGAGGCUGGCGGACACCCGCUCCAUCUCCCUGACCAGGAGAGUGACCGUACCGGGCUCUGCAGGAGCAGGGACUGGGGACUCCGGGGGAAGGCCGCUGACACUGACUGCGUGCCUACACCACCGCGUGGUCCAGGAGCCGGAGCCCAUGCAGGCCGAGCCUGAGGCUGCUCCGUCGGAGGAGCCAGAGCCGGCCCCACCUGCAUCCACAGCUCCAGAGGCGGGGAUGGUGCCUGCAGGGACUUCAGGAGGAGACCCGGAGCCAGCAGGUGGCUGGGCACCUGCCCACAGCGAGGCUGACUCUGUCCGGGAAGAGCUGGGGUCUGCCCCUGUCCCGGGGCCUGCCUUUGCUAUGGAUCCUGCCCCUGACAACACCUGUGCCUCUGCUCUGGAAUCCGCCCCUACUCCUCCUCCUGAGGAGCGCCCAGAGCCCCUUCUGGUGCCCACAGCCUUGCUCCACAAACAGUUACCCUUUGUUCUAUCCCCCGACCCUGGCAACCUGCAGGAACGUUUUGUGCCCGACGUGUACAUUUUUCCUUUCUGCUACAUACUGAUUUUGAUUUUGUCUUUACAUGUUCUGUAUACUAUUUAUCAUUUGUUUUAAAAAUAAAAUACUUGU